AUGAAAGAAGUAACCUUGGUGCCAAGGCAAGUAGGAAAAUUGGCAAAAGUUUAAAGAAGGAUUGCAAAACACAGUAGUUAUCUUUUGACAGUGCUAUAAAUACAGUGUGUUCCGACCUCCCCUCCAUUCUCCAAACAUUAUGCCAGUUGAAGACUGAUCCAUCUCGCUAUGGUCUUUUGAAGAAACUGGUGAAAGCAGAGAAAGUGGGCACCAUCUGUAUCCUUCAUGACAUUCUUCCAGUCCUGAGUGAUCUUAUUAAAGUUUUCCAGCACGGUACGAUCAACUUUGGUCACAUACACCCAUCCAUCCCUGCCUGCAAGGACAAGCUUCUGGCACUUGCGACAAAGAAGGUUCCAAUAAAGAGGCUACAAAGUGAUUUAGCUGAAGGAGGAUCCUUGGCUUUCACUGACAUUAAGUACUGAAGCAGAGAAAAUGAGUAUCUCGAAAGUCUAUUAGAAAGUACGUAGAUGCCUUGAUUAAGAACAUCAGCAAACGAUUCAGAGAUGCAGCCCAAGUCCUAACAGCAAUGUAG